AUGCUCUUGCUUCUUUUAAUCCUUCCCUUGGUCUCUGUUUUUACUAGAAGUUGUUCAGAACCAAUGACUAAGGAAGUGUUCACUUUUGACAGUGGAGCUAGACGGUUAUAUAUCCUUAAUGUAUUUAUUGGCCAGACUGGCAACCAAUAUGUGCAGGCUUGGUAUGUAACUGCUGGAGGAGUAGGAAAAACUCUUAUUAUGAAAAUUUAUGGAGGCGGCGGACUUGGCUUUGGAGGAACAAAUAAUGAUAUUUUGUGGAGCAAAGCAUAUCAAAGAGAUCAUUUUACAUUCUUGAUUGAUAUGAUGCCCGACGAAUCAGCUCUAUUUUAUCACUGGGGUUCGUUGAUACUAAAGAUUAGAACAUCAGAUGGAGUACUAGAUAAAACAAUGAAUAAUCCAUUCUGAGUAUGUUCAGGAAAUGAUGCAACAGUAAUUGCUCACAAUUCAUAUGUUUUCAUUAAUUGUAAAUAGUGUUGGCACUAUUAGCGGCAAAUCAACCAUUUGAAAGAUGGACCCAAACACUUUAAACCUAAAAUGCCUAACAGCUACUGAUAUACAUGAAUACUCCGUCAUUGUGCUUCCAUUAAGUUCAAACAGUAUCUUCAUUUCUGGUCAUGAUUCUAAUCCCUCUUCUAAACUAAUUUUAAAGAAGAUUAACUUUAGCUCCAACUCUAUUUCUUGGGAAAAUUACAUAAAUUGACCUAAUGGUUCAUGAGAAUAUGGAGUUUCUAAAGCUGUCUAUGUGCAAUCGAAAGACUCUAUCCUAAUUGGUUCAAUUUUUGGAACUCCAAAACAACUGGUGCUAUUGGAGUUGGAUCAAACAAACCGAAUUACAAGUAAAAUAAUUAUUCAAGAUUGCAAUCAAUUAUGGAGAAUGAAAACAAAUAAUGUAAAUGUUAUCGGGCUCAACUCAGGCUCAACAGGAACUACUUUAUUUAAAUAUAAUCCAGAAAUUAAGGAAAUAAAAUCAAUAAAACUAAAAGGGUCAACAGUUUAUUUCAGAGAUUUAAAUUUUAUUCCUUCUCUUAAUGGAGCUCCUUUUGAAGAUAAAAUACAGAUUUCUGGAGGUGUCUCUUCAGUAAAUUUAUACAUCAUCUCAGCAGAAUAUGACUAUAUUGAAUUCCAUGCAGAUUUUGUUUCUAAUGUUGAAAUUAAAUCGUCAAAAUUGAAUUUAUCAGAGACUAAUUAUAUUUUAAAUUCGGAUUCUUCGUCCGCUUUAGUUUUGAAUUCAACUACUCUCAGUGCAACAAGUGUUUCUGAAGGUACAAAUUUUAACAGAAUUUAUUCUCCUGGCUUGUUAUUUCAAACCAAAAUCCACCACAACUUGACAACUGAAGUGUUUAAUCUCACUGAAAACACUAAUGGUUAUGUGGAAUUAAAUCUGACUUAUGCCUGUGAUUCAAGCAAUGUCUCUUUUGAAUUAACAGAGAAUACUCCUAGUUCAUACCCAAAUUGGAUAAAUUUUUAUUCGAAUAAUGGUUCGAUUGCCUUCGAAACUCCAGAAGGAAGCAAUUUAACAUACUCAGCUGCAAUAUCAACACUAGUUACCGGAUGGGAAGCUCCAAGGAAUAAGCUUGUUUACUUCAGUGUUGACAAAUGAAAGGUUUCAAAUUGUGUUAGAUGCUCUCCCACAAAUUCUUAUAAAUGCGAAGAAUGCGAUUUGUAUUAUGAAGGCUAUGAGUGAGAUAAAAUGGAUUUGACAGCUGUUUCAACAACAGCCAAAGUUGCAAAUGGAAUUCUGGGUUUGUCUAUUGCAAUAAUCAUUAUCUCAUCUCUAGUCUCAAUGCAAUCACCAGUAGCAGUGUGGGUUCUUGUGAAUCAUCUUCAAAUUUUGUUGUUAUUAUUAUUGAUGAAGGCAUACAUCCCUACACAAAUUGUAGAAUUUUUAACAAAUAGCAAUUUUGCUCUUAUUAAUUUUGACUCAGCAGGAGCGCAAACAAUUCCUUACAUAGGAAAAAUUUAUGAUAUUUUUGGCAGAAGGCAGUCGAAUGAAAAUAUUUUGAGAAUGGGCUUUGCAUAUGAGAGUUCAUUUCAAAAUAAUAUUGAUGUCAUGUUAUCUCUUUUCUUUAUUGUAUGUAUCAAUUGCUUCUCUUAUUGAAUGUCUAAACUCAAUCUAGAUACUAAGCAAUCGAAGUGCAAGAAAUGCUGUAAAUUUGUUAUCAAUCGUUUCCAUUCUCUAAUGGCAUUUAAUGCAUACAUAAGAUUAUUUUUGGAAGCUUAUUUGGCAUUAUCUUUGACGUCAAUUUCUGAAAUUGUUAGCUUUAGGAUUAAAGAAUCAGAAUCAUUAAUUUCUCUGGUUAUAUCUCUCAUCAUCCUCUUCUGAUGCUUAGCUCUUAUGAUCUUUUGAUACAUCCAUGUGCUAUUAUAUAAGCCUUAUAAGCCAGAUUUCAAAUCAAGAAUUGAUGGGCUAUAUUCUGGGAUCAAAAGCAACAAAUUAGCAAUACUGUUUCCAUCAGUGUGAUUUCCAGAAGAUUUAUUUAUGUCUCAUUGCUGGUCCUUUUGAGAAAUUCGUCUUCAAUAUUCAUUAUUAGCAAUGUUCUGACAGUCCAACUUAUUUAUCUUGGGUUCUUGAUCUGAGUUAGGCCUUUUAAGCAGAGAAGAGCAAAUCUAAUUGAAAUUUUGAAUGAGAUUUAUUUCGUAACUUGUUUAGGAGUUUUAAUGGGAAUUAAAAGAGAAAAUUGGUCGGACCAAGCUAUUUUUGCCGGCAUUGUAGUUCUUUUCUCUAAUAAUGCUAUUAUUUGUUUUCUUCUUUGUUUGUUCCUGAUUUAUGAUAUUUUGUCGAAAUUUUGCAAAGGGAAAUCAAAUUCUCAGACUAACCCAAAACCAAGACCAAAUCAAUCUAGAAGAUUAAACCCUCCCGCACAGACAAGGAGGAUAAAAGUCUGGAAAAGAGGAAGAUUUAGACAAUCUAGGAGAGAAAGAGAGAUUGCUGACAAUAUCUCUGAAAGCAGAGUUGAAAUGGGAAUGAAUAGACAGAGUAUUUCAAGACAUAGAUUAGGCUAAAAAACACGAUAUUAUGCAAGAGUUAUUA